AUGUCUUCGCCUUGCGAAGACGCCACCACAGACGAGCCUUCGUAUGAGAAUGGGAGCUGGUCCAUGGGAGAUGACGGCUUCGACCUUGGUGUCCGUAUGAAUGGUAAGCGAUUCAGGAUCGCCGUAUGGGCGGACUACUUCAAGGACUCCCCCUCAGCCACCGCAGCCUUUCAAAAGGCCCUCGCCAUCAUGAAUGACGGCGACGAUAGCUGUGAGGAGCUCUGGGACUACCUCGAGUGGAUCGUGGACUUUUUCUUGCCCCAGUUUCAAAGCCUCGCGCCUCCGGUAGUGCACGCUGGAAUCUUAACACUAGCCCACCUUGCCGUCCGGGAAUCCUUCGAAUGCGAGUUCCAUGUGAUCCAAGAGAAGCCGGUUCCUGGCCUUGUUACUCGACUGGUAGAAGAGGACUUUGAAGAAUUCGAUGCCCGUACUUUGCAGACAUCCUUUCCUAUUGUCGGCCUUGCCGACGUCGAGGUACCCUACGAUGACCCCGCCGGUAUUUUCAGCAUCAUACCGCAACGUGUGCUUGUCCACGGGCAGUUCUUCUUUUACAAGUCGUCCGUGUCGACCGAAGCUACCCGAAACGAAAUCGGAAAAUACGACAAGAUCGCCGCCUCCGGCCCCUCCUCUUCUGAACUCCCUACUUCACGGCUGUACGCCAUUGUAGUUGGCUCUAAGGGCAGGCUGCGUGGCCUGAUUUACCACUUCAUCAAGUCGGAAGAGAGGCUUACGUGGGCUGUUGACGAGCGUGCUCCCCUUGCUCUUCGGGAGAAAUGGGCGGCGCAGAUUAAGGACACCGUGGCCAAGCUGCAUCAUCUGGGUGUCGUCUGGGGCGACGUCAAGGCCGACAAUGUCUCGUCGACGAGAACAGUAAUGCCAUAG